AUGGCCGAGCGGGUUUGCGCGGCCGCCGGCCCCGAGCCGCCGGUGUCCGCUUCAAAAGAGCCAACAUGUGGGGAUGGCCGGCCCGGGGCGGUUGAGCGGCACUCGGGGGCCGUUCCUGGCCCCGGGCCGAGCGCUGACGGCCGCGUCUCGCCGGCACGGAAGGCGCAGCAGGGCCUGAAGGAGCGCUACCGGCUGGGUUCGCUGCUGGGGCGCGGCGGCUUCGGCAGCGUCUUGGCGGCGACGCGGCUCUCGGACGGCGCCCCGCCCGACGGCACCCGAGCACCACUGGAGAUCGUGCUGCUGGACAAGGUGUCCGCUGGCUUUCCUGGCAUCGUCCAGCUCCACGAGUGGCUGGAGCUCCCCAACAACGUGGUGAUGGUGCUGGAGCGCCCGGAGCGGUCUCAGGACCUCCUUCACUUCAUUCGGGCACGGGGCUUCCUGUGCGAGGAGGUGGCGCGGCACCUGUUCCGCCAGGUGCUGGAGGCCAUGCGGCACUGCACCAGCUGCGGGGUCCUGCACCGGGACAUCAAACCGGAGAACAUCCUGCUUGACCUGGCCACCGGGCAGGCCAAACUCAUCGACUUUGGCUGUGGCACCUACCUGCAAGCUGCAGCCUACACCAGCUUUGCAGGUGAGCCCACGCAGGGGGAGGCUCCUGGUAGAGGCAUCUCACAGCCCAACAUCUCACGGCCCAACAUCUCACAGCCCAAGCCGGCUGUGGCAGGGGGGGAUUCUCCCUUUUGCUGCCAGUCAUGGCAGCCGGAGUCUUCAGCUGAGCUGCUUUUGAGCGGCGCUGGCUGA